CUGAUGAUGUCGAAACCGCUGUUGGUUCUCUUGCCCGGUAUGGGUUUGACCUGCGGUAGACAUGGCGAGUAGGGAGAAUGGGGACGUGUGUGGACAAGACUUACAGAAACAUACCGAACAUCGGGCACCAGGAAGGCGCAUAUCACGGUGGGGUCCACAACAUGCAGGUGCCAGGGAGCUUGCAAAUCUAUAUUCCCCGGGAAAGAGGUGUCAGGAAUGGAUCAGUGUCAUCCUCUGCUUCUCUCUCAUGGCUUUCAACUUCUCUCACCUCAUUUUGAACUUUCAUCUGAGUCACAUUUGGUACAUUUUGCUGGGAAUAGUUGCAGGCAUUCUGACGGCGGACUUUGCCUCUGGGGUGGUCCACUGGGGAGCUGACACCUGGGGAUCCGUGGACUUGCCCAUCUUUGGGAAGGCUUUUAUACGGCCCUUCAGGGAACACCACAUUGACCCCACCGCCAUCACCCGCCACGACUUCAUUGAGACCAAUGGAGACAACUGCAUGUUGACACUGAUACCGCUGGCAAAUAUGGCCUUCAACUUCUGCACCCUCUCUUCUGCGGAGCUGUAUCGCAGCUAUCCCUGGCACUGCUACAUCUUCGCCCUGGCCAUCUUCGUCACGCUGACCAACCAGAUACACAAGUGGUCGCACACCUACUUCGGCCUGCCCUGGUGGGUCACCGUCCUCCAGGACUGCCACGUCAUCCUGCCCCGCAAGCACCACCGCGUCCACCACGUCUCCCCGCACGAGACCUACUUCUGCAUAACCACAGGCUGGCUGAACUACCCGCUGGAAAAGAUUGGCUUUUGGCGGAACCUGGAGGACCUGAUCCAGGGCCUCACAGGAGAGAAGCCCAGGGCCGACGACAUGAAGUGGGCCCAGAAAACCAAGUGAAGGUGCCAUCCGGCUGCACCCCUACCUCAGACCCCCAAAACCCAUCCCCUUCUCUGCUUGCCAAAAUUCAGCACAAACCUCUGACACUUAUGAAGUAGAUUCAACCUGACUAUAUGUGCAAAAAAAUAGCUUUCAAUCUGUACGUUAUUGCAUUUUUUUGCUCUAAAGAUUUCUUUUUAUGGGGGAGGAAAGUGAGCAUUUGGAAGAAGUGUUUUCAAAUCACAAUUCAAGCUUUUUUGUAUGAAAAGAGUGCACUUUGCCUUGAUGACAUUGCUUAACAAAAGCACUAGAUUAGAUCUGCCCUUACUCAUGCUGGAAGCAGGAUAUUGUUUCCCAUUCCACAACUCGUGCCAGAAAAAAAGUCAUUUUUCAAGUAGCGUUGAAUAAAGUUUACCCAGCUCAAGAAAGACUCAAAAAGAGAACCUUUUGAAAAUUUCAUUUAAAAAAAAAAGAAAGAAAAGAAAUGAAUAAAUCUUGAAAGUUGAAGGACUGGACGCAGCUUCCUAAUGAGUCUCCACCACCUGCUUUUGAAGUGGGAAAGAAACUAUCUGAAAGCAGACACACACUCUUUCAUUCCGGUAUCUUCCAGGUGCUCGUCUAUCUCUUGGACCUGAACUGCAGCCCUCUGCUUGUUAACUCCAGGACGUCGCAGAACCCUCCCAAAUCAGAGCCUGUUUUGGGCUGAACAUUUGUCCUCAUCUCACGGUCUUACUUGGACACCGGGUCAUUGCUUAUGCCGAUUUUACAGCAGCCUUAUGUGUGUGUUCUGCAAAUGCAGAGCCAAGAGUUCAUCUCAAACUGCAAUGUACUUUGGCCUCUGCUUUAAAAAUACAUUUUUAAGGUUGCAGCUGCUAUAUUUUUCCUUCACUGGCACAGCAUUAUGGGUAUGGCUGUUACUAAUGAACAUAAGAUGUGCAAGUAACAGAACAUUUUUCAUUAUUUUCAAAAGAAUCAAGUUUAAGGUCAAGGCUGUACUUGCUGUAGCCUCUGGGGGGGGGGCAUUGCCUUGAGUCUUGCUGAGGUAUGAAAUGAAAUUUGCCUUGCGUCUGCUGCCCCCUCUUACAACAAGGAACCCACACACGGGUAGCUUUGGGGCAGCAGAUCCUGCUUGACGGGUUAUCUAACUCCAUCGCACCUUUCAUGUAAACUCACAGCCCCUUUAUGUUCAGUUCCAAAGACCAGACCAGCAGUGUUGAAGACCGCAUUCCUAAUAUAUGCUAAAAGAGCCAAGUCACUCAUCAGGUUAGUGAUGUCAGAUGUAUGUGUUUGAAUUGUCAGGAGCCUAUUACAGUGGGUAUUACACUUUUUUUUAGCAGCCUGACCUUGCUCACCAUGCCUGGGAAACCCGGUUGGGCGUGGCUUACUCUGUUUUCUUGUGUCGCAUAAAUUUGUAAAUGAGACGUGGACCUACAUGGUUGCAGACACCAAAAUGUAAUUUCAAAGAGCUCUCACACAUGCCUUGCAAAUUACAGCACGUGGUAGUUGGCUAGCUAAUAUGAAAAAAGCUACCAUUACCUGUCUUGUGUAAUAAUCUUUGUCAAUAGUUAGUUUAUCAGUAGUUAGUUGUUCAUGCUAUCUGUGAUAAAUUAUAGCGAUAGCUAUUUAUGCUUGGUUGGAAAGGAGGUGUAAUGGAAGUUAUGUAUUACGAUUGCUAAAUUGCCUGCUAACUCUCCACAAAACAUGCAGACCAAAUCCUUCUAUUACAUUUCCUUGUGAAAUCAUUGCUGCCAAUUGACACAAUGGGCCUCAUUCACGAAACAUCACAUUUGAUCCUAAACUGCGCAUAAGAACGUUUCCAAAAACAUUCUGGCAUUCAUAAUUUUUUUCUUAUCUGUAUUUGUUCAUGGCUGUUUCCUUACGCAAAUCACAUGAACAGGAUUGUGCAUAGACUUUACAAACAGCCAGCAUUCAUCAUCUCAUACACCUGGGAUAUGCACAAAAACAAAGGCCUGCACGUGUCAUGAAUCUCAUAGUGUUUUCCCAUAACAUUUUUAAGAACAAAAGUAAGAAUAAAUUAAGAAAGGAUAUGUGAAUGAGGCCCAAUGUUACUAUGCAGCUUACCAGAACCAUCUACUGUGGGUUUAUUACUAGACUACCACAAUGUUGUGACUAGUUCUCAUAAGCUGUUAGGUCUGAAUGUGCAUUCAACAAGGAGAAUGCAGCCAUGUUCUCCUCUAACAGUUACUGUUAAAAUAUUUCAAACUGUGAAGAUUCUAUUGUUUUAUGAUUAGGCUGAUUUAAUUAAGAUGAAUGCAAUGAGAGAGUGAUUUCACCAUGGAUUGCCUGAGGAUUGUUUUUUAAGUUGGGAACAAAUGUUACAUUUCAUAAAAUGAUUUAUAAUGGUCAGGUGAGUAUCAAUUAACUUGUUCACCCUGUGUCUGUCCCUUCAAGCAGCCUUUUUUUUUUUUUUUUUUGCUGUGUAUUGCUUUUUGAGACAGUUAGCUAAUGUUAGCAAACAUUUGUGGUGACUGCAAAUAAGUACAUUUUGAUGAGCAUUAGCUAAUAUUUGUCUUGUUCUUCUUUAGCCUCAGAAAAACAGUGGAAAAUCAUCUGUGUAUAAGGUUGAGAUCAGUAUUAGUUGGGGAGGAGCAAAAUGUAAAUUAUCAGAUAUCUAUAACAUGAGAGUUAGCUAGAUUUGCAAAUAAGCUGAAUAACUAGCAAAUUGAUUCAUAUUGUGAUGUCUUUGAAAAAAUGUAAA